AUGCUGGCUGGCAAUGCCCGGCCAGACCCAGAUCUAGACGUCAACGACGCUAUAUCGGUGGCAACCCAACGACCUCACCAUCACCAGGUCGCUAGCACCUGCACGUUCAAACUGGUCGGAGGGAAAACCAGACUACCGCCGCGGGAGCAGCAGCAGUACUGGGCACACUGCCUACCCAGCAAGCAUGCGCCGGCCCAGGGACCCAUCCCGGAUAGCCGACAAGAACCUCGCCCCCAAGCGACGUCAAAACCGCCGGAGAGCCCGAGAACGCCGGACUCCCACGGCAGUGAACGGCCAGGUCGUCGGAUCCAGAACCUCUGUACCCAGAUCAGGCCCGAGACCAGACCAGCAUGGCCAGAUCCGGCCAGGCCCUGGCAGGCCCAGAUCUGGGACCACAAGCCCAGAUCCCGCCGCCACACGCCAACCGUAGGCUACCCAGCCGCCGGCGGACCGAGUAGUGCCGCGCACGACCGCUCCACGCUGCAGUCGCCGACCACACGGCCCUCCACGGCCGGAGCAACGCCAGCCCGAGCCGGAACCGACGCGCCUCCCCGCGGCAAGGGCGAGACCCACCCCGUCGGGCCUUCCCAGCAGGCGGAGGGAGGAGAAAACCACCGCCGCUAG